AUGAACAACUGGACAGACACUCACACCACUCGCUACCGCGUGUCGUCGGAGGUGUCACCGCAACGACCGCGGCGUCUCUAUGGACAGAGCAGCCGAUGCGCAAUCCCGUUGUCCGGUGGGACCGAAUACAGAGGAUCCGGUGUGUGUGUCACCCAGUGUGGAGCGAUCCAGCCGAAGAGGGAUGACGGAAACGUUACAUUGCAAGUUGUCCGAGAGUGGCAACAAAACGACCCGAACUACGGGAGGUAG